AUGGAGACGGCGGUGAACCCAGACCUCAACAUCGGCUUCGUGACUUCGGCACAGCAUCCGCCCCGGCACUGCGGCCCCUGCUGCGGGUCUGGUCCCCCCGCGUCUUCGGUGUCGACGGCCGAGCAGCGAUGUAUACCCGGUAGGGGGACCCUCCGCCGCUGCCGGUCCGGACUCCGAGGAUAA